GUAGACGUAGUGGGGGGGAUUCAUAGAGAAAAAUGGCCGCCGUGAGUGUGUAUUGAAAUGGUUUUAAUUAGUAGUGAUAAAAAGCACCAUUAAAAUCGAACGAGAGGUGAUAAUGAUAAGAGUUUUUUGUUUACGAAUUUGAAUAUGCGAAAAGUAUGCGAUUUUACAAGGAGCACGCGUUCCUAAUGCGAAUGUUUAUAUAUAGGUGCUAAAUGACAAAUUUAAAUGAGUGAAUUGAACGCAGCAGCCAUGCAGGGGGUGUCCGGCGAGAGUCGCCUGAAGCAGUUGGAUUCGUUCUUCUUAGGCGGCCCCUUGCUGGCUAAGGAGAACAGCUUCAGCGUAGAAACCCUCAUCGACAUCCUACUGGUGCUGUACGAUGAAUGUUGCAAUUCGAGCUUGCGAAAGGAGAAAACCGUUUCGGAUUUUAUUGAAUACGUAAAACCGAUAGCGGCCACUGUGAAGGCGCUGAGGUUGACCCGCGAUGAUUUCGAAAUAAUAAAAGUGAUUGGAAGGGGUGCUUUCGGCGAGGUGUGCGUGGUGAAGUUCAAAGGCACCGAAAAGGUGUACGCCAUGAAGAUACUGAACAAAUGGGAGAUGCUGAAGCGUGCCGAAACGGCUUGCUUCAAAGAAGAACGCGACGUACUGGUAUACGGCGAUAGAAGGUGGAUAACGCACCUUCAUUACGCCUUCCAGGACGAGUCGAAUCUCUACUUGGUGAUGGACUAUUAUUGCGGCGGUGAUCUGUUGACGUUGUUGAGCAAAUUCGAAGAUCGUCUUCCGGAAGAGAUGGCUCGCUUUUACAUUGCCGAAAUGGUAUUGGCCAUCGAUUCGAUACACAAUCUCAAAUAUGUUCACAGAGACAUCAAGCCCGAUAACGUGCUGUUGGACGCCAACGGGCACAUUCGACUGGCGGAUUUCGGUAGUUGUUUGAAAUUGAACGAAGACGGUACCGUGCAAUCGAACGUCGCCGUCGGGACGCCGGAUUAUAUUUCGCCCGAAAUUUUAAGGGCGAUGGAAGACGGACAGGGAAGGUACGGUCCUGAGUGUGAUUGGUGGUCUUUAGGUGUAUGUAUGUACGAAAUGUUGUUUGGCGAAACGCCUUUCUACGCCGAGAGUCUGGUCGAAACGUAUGGUAAAAUAAUGAACCAUAAGAAUUGCUUCGAUUUUCCAACGGACGUCGAAGUAUCGGAUGCCGCCAAAGAUUUGAUAAAAUCGUUGAUUUGCAGUCAGGAAUUUCGAUUAGGUCAAAAUGGUAUCGAAGAUUUCAAGAGACACGCCUGGUUCGAGAACGUCGAUUGGUCCGGACUGAGAAACAGCACGGCUCCCUACAUACCGGAAGUUUCCAGUCCUACCGACACGUCGAAUUUCGACGUCGACGACGCCGAUAUUCGUCUAUCCGACGUCCUUCCACCCACCGCUAAUAACGCCUUCACUGGCUUGCAUUUACCCUUCGUAGGAUUUUCCUUUACCCAAGGAAGUUACAUAUGCGAUUUGAGCAAUUUGACGGUGUACAUAGACUCGGAUUUCAUGGAGAAACAGAACCAACGAAACAGGAGCGACAUAAUGUCUUUGGCGCUGAUCAACGAGAAGGAAAACGAGAAGAAAAUGUCGCCGGACAGUACGAGACGUUUACAAGACGAGAUCAAUACGUUGACCAAACGAAAUUGCGAAUUGGAAUCGCAAUUGAGGAGCUUGGAAGCCACGAAUUCCAGGGAAAUACACAUUGAUUCGUUAGAUGGUGCUGAUAAUUUAAAAUAUAAGGAAUUAGAGAAAAUAAUUAGGCUACUGAAGCAGGAGAAAGACGAACUGUUGAAAGACAGACAAGACCUGCAGGAGAAGCUCAAAUUCCAGGAUCUCGAAUUGAAAGACGCCCUGGCGCAGAAGAAACUCGCCAUGACCGAGUACGCCGAGGUGUCGGACAAGCUCGCCGAGCUGCGGCAACAGAAGCAGAAGUUCUCGCGACAGGUGCGCGACAAGGAAGAGGAGCUGGAGACGGUCAUGCAGAAGGUGGAUUCGCUGCGCAACGACAUCAGGCGCGCCGAGAAGCUGAGACGCGAGCUCGAAUCCCGAGUGGACGAGGCCCAAGCGGAAGCGACUAAAGAGAGGAAGCUGAGAGAACGAUCGGAGGAGUAUUGCAGGCAGAUGCAAGCCGAGUCUGAUAAAUUGAGAGUGAGAAGCGAACACGGGCCCAGAGACCAGCAGGACUCGCUCAGGUUGAAGGCCGAACUGGAAAAACUAGAAGUUCAGUAUAACGAGAAUUUAACCCAACAACAAGCGAGAUACAACAUGGAACUGUCCACUCUCAGAGAUCAGCUGAACGAGGCCGAAACUCAUCGGGAGCUUUUGGAAAGAGAGGUUAAAAUUGUGAAGGAAAAGUUCGAAACGUCCAGGAGCGAGGCCUUAGCGGAUUCGGAGCAAUUAUUGAGCGACCUCAAAAGCAAACACGACAAAGAAAAGCAAAUUCUAACGGAAGAAAAUAAUAAACUAUCUUCUAACGUGAAUUUACUAACCGAAUCGAUGAAUCGCCUGCAAACCGAACGAUCGAAUUUGGAAUCCGAAUACGAGCAAUUGAGAAACAAACAGGAGGCGUUGGGCCAAUGGGAAUCUCAGCUAUCGGAAAUCAUACAAUGGGUGAGCGACGAGAAGGACGCCCGGGCUUAUUUACAGGCUCUGGCCACCAAAAUGUCGGAAGAACUUGAUAUACUCAAGCAUGCCGGAGUGUCCAGUUUGGUUUCCGGUACGGAUAAAAACUGGAGGAACAGACGUUCGCAAAAAUUGGACAAAAUGGAGCUGUUGAAUUUACAAAGUUCGUUACAGAGCGAGAUCCAAGCUAAACAAGCCAUCAGUGAAGAUCUAAGCAAAACUAGAGAAGCUCUAUUGGCUGCUCAAAAAGAUUUGCGCGAAUUUAGACAACGAAACGAGGCCUUAAACGUCGAUUUGAAACGAAAAGAGAAACAACUCAAAGAAUACCAAAACCGAUUGGACUCCGAAGGCUCGAGUGUAGGAAUAUCGUCGUUCAUCAAACGCCACGUUAAGGUUUUGGAAAGACCGUCGUCGCAAAUGUCGUACUUGGAUCAAUUCUUGAAGGAGACGAAUUCCUCGUCGCAACAAAUCAACACGUACGAUAACGUGCCCAUUCAGAGCCUGUACAAAGGCAGUUCCAUCGAAUCGGAGGAGGGCGAUAUCGAAGACAAUAGAGCGAUAAGCGUGUCGAGUUCGAAGAGCAAUCUAUCGGAAGUAAGUGUGCAACAGGAACCUCAGUCGCCGAUGAAGCACAAGGCCCAUCAGUUCCUGGUGAGGACGUUCUCGAGCCCGACGAAGUGCAGCCAUUGCACCUCGCUGAUGGUGGGCCUCAUGAGACAGGGAAUGGUGUGCGAGAUUUGCGGUUUCACGUGUCACACGUCGUGUUGCGCGCACGUUCCUGCCGUUUGUCCCGUACCGCCCGAUCAAACGAAACGACCGCUCGGCAUCGACCCCACGAGAGGCAUCGGAACGGCUUACGAAGGAUACGUGAAAGUGCCCAAGACUGGUGGCGUGAAAAAAGGAUGGAUCAGACAGUUCGUGGUCGUUUGCGAUUUCAAAUUAUUCCUGUACGAUAUAUCAGCCGAUCGAAAUGCCGUACCUAGCGUUCACGUGGCCCAAGUGCUGGAUAUGCGAGAUCCGCAAUUCAGCGUGUCGAGCGUCAAAGACUUGGACGUCAUUCACGCGAACAAAAAGGAUAUACCUUGUAUAUUUAAGAUUACGACGUCUCUAAUGGAACCGCCCGGUCCGAGAAAUUCCACUCUGAUGCUGGCCGAUACGGAGGCGGAGAAGAACAAAUGGGUGGUGGCUCUGGCAGAGCUCCACAGGAUCAUGAAGCGUAACAAUUUGCCCAACACCACGGUGCUGGUCGCUAGGGAAUUGAUCGAUACGUCUUUGACGUUGUUGAGGAACGCGCUGAGCGCCGCCAUUAUCGAUCCCGAUAGAAUCGUCUUGGGUACCGAGGACGGGAUGUAUUGCGUCGAUUUGGAUCGCACGGAGGUCGCGAAGAUAGGCGAAGGCAAGAAAAUCUUCCAGUUGGAGUACAUUAGCGAGGAGCAUCUGCUGGUGGUGGUGAGCGGUAAACAGCGACAAGUUCGCUUGGUGCCCAUAAGGGCCCUAGACGGGGACGAUGUCGAAUGGAUAAAAGUGACGGAAAGUAAAGGGUGUUCCGUUCUAACUGUAGGACCGGCGUUGAGGGCGCCAUUGACGUUUUGCCUAUGCGUUGCUAUAAAAAAACAGCAAAACUCGUCAAUAAUCGUCAUAUACGAAAUAACCCGUACUAAAACUAGACAUCAAAAGAUUAGGGAAAUCGGCCUGCCGGUUACCGUUCAAUCGUUGCAAUUCCUUUCGGACGGCCGGCUGUGCGUCGGCUCGCCUUCUUCUUUUACCGUAUACAACAUACAAAGCGGGGAUCAGCAGUUGAUUUCCUUGUUGCAUCCGGAAAAUUCGCUUUGUUCGACAAUAAUGUACAGCGCCGUUGAGGCCGUUCGAGUCAUCGAGCUGCCGAGGCACGAAUAUUUACUAGUUUUUAAUACAUUAGCGGCGUUCGUAGAUAGGCAAGGUAAAAAAGCGAGAGAUAGGGAAAUCAUGUACCCGGCCGUGCCCACUGCGAUAGCUUAUAGAGACGGCCAUUUGAUAGUUUAUAGCGAAACUCAUAUCGAUAUAUUUAACUGCGCUACCGGCGAGUGGGUGCAAACAUUGAACAUCAAGAAAGCCAAACCGUUGAACGACAGCGGAAGCCUUACCAUUUGUUUACUAAACGAUCUCGCUCAUUUGCUUUAUUUAUCGAAUAUACAUCAAAGGGAAAUAAUCAACAUAGAUAAUAUAGUGACCAUAGAUAGAGAUGGUAGGACAAUACAUAAAACUAGACGAAGAUUUUCGUUGCGAGAAGGCAAUAGAACUCAGCGCAUGAGUACCGAUAGACGAUCGAAGCUCAUAUCCGCUCCCACAAAUUUCAAUCAUAUCAGCCACAUGGGACCGGGUGACGGCAUCCAACGUCAGAGAUUGAUAGAUCUGACGCCGACCCGUACGGAUCAAUUGCCGGAUCACAACCCUUUCAGUACAUCCACGACUCCUCCGCAAAGAGUGCCUACGAAAACGGCCCCGUUGCCGCCGAAACACGCCGAGAGAAAACGACCGGAGAUAUCCAAUCCGACGCCCAUUCGGGUGGCCUUUCCAUCGUACAACGGCGCCAAGCGAGCGGCUCCCCCUCGACCCAGGGAACUUCCUCCCGCUUUGCCCAAACCGUCUGAUAAAUCGCCUUCGCCGGAUCCGGCCAGCAUCGGUAGUAUGUCGUCCUUGCACGAGAUGAUCAAGGGCACUGAAAAUAGAAGCAGUCCACGACAUUCGAUUACCAGCAAUAACAGUUCGAAUUUGUCGACGCCGCCUUCGCCGCACGCCGACCAUCACAACAGUUCCAGUUACGAUAGUUAAGAGGAGAUGACGCGUCCGAAAAAAAAAACGUAACGGAAAUGAGGACUUCCUUUUUACGUAUUACCGGCAUUUUUUUAAUUAUAACCGAGUCGUUGGUUUAUUAGGUUGUAGAAUUGUUCAAGGAAGUUGUCGGUUUCAAAAUAUUAGAUUUGUUUGCUGUAGAAAUUACGAGCUUUAUUCGAAUUGAUGCAAAUAUGCGAGGAGUUUGUAAACUCCUUCCUAUUAUUGGCGGUAUUUAGUCGAUACGAAUAAGGUUUUUGUAUCAAAUCUAAUUCAGACUGAGCUAAAUAUGAAACGUGUUUUCCUAUUUUGUACUUACGUAUUGGCAUUUUAUUGCGAUUUAUCCUAUUUUAUUAUGGAAGUAUUGCCGAUAACUUAUUGAGCACUUUUAUCAACAAACAUAAUAUACUGAUUAGUUACCUCGAUUUAAAAUAAACGGAUUUUAAAAAUACAACAAAAUCGAUAUUAUAUAUUAAUUUAGUUUAUAAAAAGGCACUGUACUUAUUUUUUAUGUAAAUUAGUUUUUUUAUUUUUAAUUUGUUUAUAAUAUUACCACUGUAAAGUACCAGUCAAUUAAGCGUUGUUGUUUUUAAUUAGUGAUUUUAAUAUUUCUGGAAUGUUUAUAUUUCUAACUCGAAAUGGUGCGUUUAAUUAUAUUUACGUUGACGAUUUAAUUUAACAGUUGACUAUUUGAAAUUUAUAAUUGUAAACAUCCACCCUAAAACCAUCGAAAAAUCGCUAGUUCAAUACGCUUUGGAUAUAUUUUUAUAUAUUUUAUAUUUAUAUUUAUUUAUUUGUCUUGUUUUUAAACCUUUCACUAACAUUAUUGUAGUGAAAUUAACAAUUUAUUAGUCAUAGAUGAGAAGUAUUUAAAGAUAUUCUUAUAUUUAUUAUGUAUACCCACAAUUUAGUACAAUUUAUUUAAAAAUAUAUGACCGAGGGAGAGACAAUAUUAGAACGCAAAAGCAUUUGUGAUGAGUGACUCAAAUGGUUAUGUGCUUCAUCGUUUUUUACCAACAAUUUUAGUUACUUUUACAAAUUUCAAUGCGCAUAUUCUGAAAAGUGUUUCCACGAAAUGUUUGUUCUAUUGCAAAAAUUAACGUUUUUUUACAUUGAAAACAUGAAAAAAUUUUACCAUCAAAUUUAUGGAAUACAUACGUUUUUUAUGUAGAACAAAAUUUUUUCACCGAAAUUCUUUUCGGAAAAAUUGAGAGAUUUUUGAAGAAAUUUCGAUUGAAAUUAUUUUAGUCAGUAUUUUGUUGACGUUCGUUUGUUUACAGUAUUCGGAAAGAAAUUAUUAGUUUUUCUUGGUUUCUAAAAUUUUGAAAUACUUGCCUAUUUAUGACGUAAACUACUUGGGCAAAAUUUUUAUUUUAUUUUUCACCAAAGGUGGUGAAUAUCAUAUUUUUUUCUGUGAUAUUUCAACUGACGUAAUUGUAGGUUUUACAUUCAAUUCAAAUAUUCUCUAUUUACUAGUGCCAAAAACAACGCUUUAACAAGCAGAAAAAUACAUUAAACUGUACAGAAUUUUAACUGAAAGAAUAAGUAAAUAUUGUGUAUUACUUUGAAUGCUAUUCCUACAUUAUUUUUUAUUUUUAUUUAAAUUUUUCUCACUGCAAAAGUCAACCGUUUAUCCUCGUUUGCUCAUAUUAACAUUUUAACUGAGGCAAAUUUUUAAAUUUCCUCGUACAUGAAAUAAUUUAAAAUUUUGCCUUAACAUUUCUAACAUAUUAAGAUCUAUAAGUAACUUUGCUUUUACCUUCUGUAAUAAAUUGUAUAAUCCGAAAUUGAAAUAAAUUAUCAAAUUUUAAUAC